AUGAUAAGGAUGAAUCAUACAUGUCCGUGGCCGUGAAAACGUGUGAUUCUGGUGGCAGAUGGGGUACCGUUUGUGAACCAAUCGCCUAUUCUAAUCCUUAUACAAUCACCCCUUCAUCUGAUGGCUAUCUUCAUCUUCAUCUUCAUCUUCAAUUUAUAAUACCACCACAUGUCUCUGCCACCGCAGCCGCCUCCACCAUCACUCCACAAAACCCUUCCCAAGUCUUUCUCCGACUUCAUCUUCUCUCUCUUCACCCUCUAUGCCUCUUCCCCCAAACUGACUUCCACUUACAAUCAUCAUCGCCGUUUCUCUAGGUUCCCCGUUAUUCCCUUGACCAAGACCUCCAUCCAUCAUUUUGCUACCCCACAAUCCCUCUCCGAUUGGCUCCGCCCCCGUCUACCCUCCGAUUCAUUCGCCGCUUGGGGAACCAGACCCGGCACCAAGAACAUCCAUAACCUAUGGCUCGAGCUCUAUGAAGGAGAAACCUCUCUUGCCGACUCUACCCCUCCUCUCCGUACGGUCCAAGUUGUCGUGGUUCGCGUUAGGGAUGAUAAAAAUCGAAUCUUGAUCGAAUCACAUCAAGAAUUGUCGAACGGUGACGUAAGGAACCGCUCCAGACCUCUAUCCGAGAAAAUGAAGCCUGGGGAGACCGUAGAAGAAGCUGUUGCCAGAGCAGUCAAGGAAGAACUGGGUUCAAUUAUAACCGCAUCUUGUCUUCAUGAUGACAUUUUGAAAAUUAUACCGGAUUCUUAUUCGAGUAAGGUGGAGGAGAAGGUGUCUGUUUCAUACCCUGGACUGCCAGCUUGUUAUGUUUUACAUACGGUAGAUGCCAUGGUUGAUGGUUUGCCCGAUUCUGGUUUUUGCACCAUAGAAGAUGAAAAGAAGCAACUUCUUGAUGAUAAGGAAGAGGCUGAAGGAGCAGUUUCCUGUACGAAGCAUUACUGGAAAUGGGUUGAUUCUAAUACUGUUUCAUUUUGAUUUUUACAUGUACGGGUGGAGGUGAGUUUGAGCUCUCCGUUCCUUCCGAAUCUUGUGCAUAUUAAGUGAGUGUUAGAAUCAUGGAAAGAAGCUGUCUGGAUGCUUAAAGUUGAUCUUUUGUGAACUUGAUAAUACAAAGAUGUAUAGUGCUGAGUUGUUUGCUAUUGACAUAAAGUUACAGAUUGCUAAGUUGUUUGUUUUGCUGUAUCAUCUUGUUGUUACACAUGUACAUAAAACUUAAGUAGUUUUCGUU